GGGUGGUCUCGCGGGACCAGUCUCCCGUUCUGGGGUCGCGAUUCACCCGAGCUGUGGAGCCAUGGCCUGCGCUUUCCGCAGGUCCAUCGCCUCUCAGCUUUCCAGAGUUUUGGAUCUUCCACCAGAAAACUUGAUCAAGUCAAUAUCUGCAGUUCCAAUCUCCAAAAAAGAAGAAGUAGCUGAUUUCCAACUUUCUGUACAUUCUGUGCUAGAGAGCAGCAGUGAUCACUCAAAACCAGAUAUCCAAGCUCAAGCUCGAAAACUCGCAGAGAAGCUAAAAUGUGAUACAGUAGUGAGUGAAAUCAGCACUGGACCUGGGACAGUAAAUUUCAAAAUAAACAGAGAGCUGUUAACAAAGACAGUGCUACAACAAGUAUUUGAAGAUGGUGGAAAAUAUGGAUUAAAAAGUGAACUUUUUUCUGGUCUUCCACAGAAGAAAGUGUUGGUUGAAUUUAGUUCACCUAAUGUUGCCAAAAAAUUUCAUGUUGGACAUUUGCGUUCUACAAUCAUAGGGAAUUUUAUAGCAAAUCUCAAGGAAGCACUAGGACACCAAGUAACAAGGAUAAAUUACUUUGGAGAUUGGGGAAUGCAGUUUGGUCUCUUGGGAACUGGUUUUCAGUUGUUUGGCUAUGAAGAAAAACUUCAGUCCAAUCCUUUACAGCAUCUCUUUGAGGUUUAUGUACAAGUUAAUAAGGAAGCAGCAGAUGAUGAAAAUGUGGAGAAAUCAGCACGGGAAUUCUUUCAUCGACUGGAAGCAGGUGACAAGCAAGCACUUUCAUUGUGGCAAAAAUUUCGGGACUUGAGCAUUAAAGAGUAUGUCCAGAUUUACAAGAGGCUAGGAGUGCAUUUUGAUGAAUAUUCAGGAGAAUCGUUUUAUCGAGAGAAAUACCGGGAAGUCUUAAGGUUGUUGGACAAGAAAGGACUCCUACAAAGAACAAAAAAAGGAACAGCCAUAGUAGAUCUCUCUGGAAAAGGAGACCCUUCCUUGAGCUGCACUGUAAUGCGAAGUGAUGGGACUUCUCUUUAUGCAACCAGAGAUCUUGCAGCUGCUAUUGAUCGAAUGAACAAAUAUAAUUUUGAUUCAAUGAUAUAUGUGACAGAUAAAGGCCAACAAAAUCAUUUUCAUCAAGUAUUUCAAAUUCUGAGGCUCAUGGGAUAUGAAUGGGCAGAAAGGUGUCAGCAUGUUCCCUUUGGCGUGGUGCAGGGAAUGAAGACUCGAAGAGGAGAAGUUACUUUUCUGGAGGAUGUUAUAAAUGAAACUCGCUCGAGGAUGCUAGAAAACAUGGCUUUUUCCAAGACAACUAAAGACCUGGAAAAUCCACAUGAGAUUGCAGAAAGAGUUGGACUUGCAGCACUCAUUAUUCAGGACUUCAAAGGUUACCUGUUGUCCGAUUAUAAGUUUAAUUGGGACCGAGUUUUUCAGAGUAGAGGUGAUACAGGUGUUUUCCUGCAGUACACACAUGCCAGGCUGUCUAGUUUAGAAGAGACAUUUGAAUGUGGUCAUCUGGGAAACAUCAAUGCAGCUUGCUUACAAGACCCACAGUCUGUUUCCAUACUCCAACAUCUCCUCAGGUAUGAUGAGGUACUUUAUAAAUCCUCUCAGGAUCUUCAGCCCAGGCAUAUUGUCAGCUAUCUUUUAACACUGAGUCAUCUUACAGCUGUGGCUCACAAAACACUGUAUAUAAAAGGCAGGCUCCCUGAAGUAGCUGAGGCCAGACUUCAUCUUUUUAGAGCUGUUCGUUCUGUCCUAGCCAAUGGAAUGAAACUUCUUGGAAUCACACCUGUAUCUAGGAUGUAAUUUGUAAAGAAAAAACAGUGGAAUCCCAGUGAUCUGUUUUACAGUUGCAAAUGAAAAGGAAUUUAAUAUAAAAUUUUACCUGUGUCAAAAUCCACA